UUAAUUUAAUCCCCAAGCCAAAGAGAAGUGAGACUCCUUUGCAAGCUAUGACAAUAUUCACAGAUGGGUCUGGGAAAACCCAUAAAUCAGUGAUUGUUAUAAACGCCAGGACAAAUUUAUUGCCAAAUUCAAUAGUUUGGUUUAUUAACAUCCAAAUCACAAAAUUUAGAAUCAAAUUAUAACAAUUUCAAACAAUAAAAACAAAACAAUACGAACCCCACGAACAGCAAACUUACUUGACCGAAGUUCUCCCGGGAAAAGUAGAGCCAAGGGUGACCCCAGAGACACAGGACCUGGCAGCCGGUGUCUCUAGCUGGGUUCACAAAUUUGCCCACCUAAAGGCCCAACUUAAAUACCCUUAGUUUCCCCCUCGGCAACUUUCCUCCCAUUGUUUCUCUAAUCAUCGGCCAUUAACUUUAUUUACAUUAAAUCCCGAAAGGGUCCCCGGGCACAUUCAAAUGCUAAUGUCCAGAGUUAGUCCUUGCUUUGAGUAACUGUCGUAGAGGUGUGUGAUGACCGAUGUAAGUCCUCGCUGGCACGUCUUUGCUGGCACGUAGCGUUUGACCGUUGCGAGUCCCGAUGAGUUUAGCUGCACAUAGGCAGGGGCAAGUCAUUCUCACCUUCUAUUUUUGGAACCCGGGAGAUCAGGGAGGUGCUUUCCAGAAGUUCGUGAAACGUGCGGGUUGAGCAGACACACACAUACCUUUAUACAAUAUAUAUCACAGUUCCCAAUCUAUAAUUAUUUAUAGAACAUGAAUUAAAUAACCAUAUUUCCCACAGUGAUUGUAUGGAGGGACCCUGAAGAUGGAACUUGGCAAUCUGAUAUUGCUGUUGUUGAAGGGUCUCCACAAACGGUGGAGUUAGGUGCUCUGGUCAGAGUGUUUCAGAAAUUCAGCACACCUUUUAAUCUGAUUACUGACUCCGCAUAUGUUUCAGUUGAAAUCUGAGACUUAAUCGUGAAGCUAGAGACCGAGCAACGGAGGUCAAACCAAUAUGGUUAUAACAUAUGUUCUCUUUAUUCACGAGAUGGCUGGUUAUAUACAGUAAGAAUAGUUUACAGUAACAGGUGCAUUUCUAUUGGCAGUGAGCAUGGACAAAUAUGUAAGCUAUUACAGUUUAAGGCAGCAACCAUAUUUCCAUCCUAACUAUCUCAGCUAAAGCAUGUACACACCUUAAGUGAAUUCCUAACUACGUCACAAGAUUAUCUAGUUCUACGCAGGCUAAACAUUGAGGCCUAGCAGGCCCAAAUCUGAGGCCCAGUUUGGGAUAGCUCUGCCUUUAUUCUAUAAGUCAUCCUGCUCUUGCUACAUUCAGGUAUUGUACAGAGAGCAGAGAAUUCUGUUUUGAAAAAUGUUAAAAAUGACAUUCUUUUUUCCUGGUUAAAACUGCAGGUCUCCCUGCGGCUCCUUCCUUUGUGAUGCAUAUCAGGUCACAUUCCAAUCGUCUUUCUCACUGAAGGUAAUGCCCAGGCAGACUUGUUAACCUUAUCAGUGCAGCAUGUUUUGCCUAACAAAAUAGAACAAGCUAAACUGAGUCACUCCUUUUUCCAUCAAAAUGCUGGGGCUUUGGUAAGACUUUUCCGAUUAACUCCAGCACAAGCCGCUAAUAUAAUUUCUAUAUGCCCUGACUGUCAGCAUUGCUCCCUUCCUAAUGUGAACACAGGGGUCAACCCGAGAGGUCUAUAGAGCCUACAAAUUUGGCAGACAGAUGUGACACACAUUCCUGACUUUGGCUGCUUGAAAUUUGUGCAUGCUUCGAUUGAUACUUUUUCAGGUGCUCUGUUUGCCUCAGCUCACACGGGAGAGACAGGGAAAGACGCCUGCCAUCAUUUCGCUGCUGCCUUUGCCACCUUAGGAAUUCCGCAACAGAUUAAGACAGAUAAUGGACCCGCAUAAAUUUCCCGUAGAGUUGCAAACUUCUUCUCCUUAUGGGGUAUCACUCACAAAAGGGGCAUAACUCACUCACCCACAGGACAAUCAAUUAUAGAACGUGCCCAUGGCUCUCUCAAACGUCUUCUGUUACAACAAAAGGAGGGAGCCGGGGACACUCCUGCUGAAAGAUUAUGCAAAGCCUUGUAUGUUUUUAAUUUCUUGAAUUGUUCAACGACAGACUUAAAUCCCCUCAAAUUAUUGAACUUGCUACUGUUGUCAGAGCUUUUCAAAUUUUUUCUGUUCCUUUUAAUCUGGUAACAGAUUCAGUUUGUGUUGCAAAAUCGUGAAGCCUCAGCCCUAAAAGAAAGUGUAAAACCUGCAAACAGAUGAUAGAUUUGAAUAGCUGAAUAAACUCCUAAGACACUAAAGACUCCAUAAAUAAAUUAGAAAUUUAGUUAAAAUAAGCUUAUAUGUAUUAGACAUUAUAUUAUGUAUUGUUAUAAUUAUUCCUUAUAUUUUACAGUGUGUUUAAAGGUAGAAUCUGGAUCUUGGAUAGAUAACCUGUUUAGUAGCUAGGGUUUCACACCUUGGCUAAAAGAUUAUCUUGGGAUAGGAAUGCAUGUAAUGAUUUUAAUAAUAAUUGUAUUAGUUAUGAUACCUUGCUUGCUUCAGUGUGUGCAGAGAUUAAUUAAUAAAGCCAUCAAGGGGGUGUUCUUGGUUGAUACAGAAGGGGGAGAUCUGGGAAUACACAAGGCAGAGAGUCAAACAGACUUGAUUAGCAUAGCUAGUUUGAUAACCUAGAUGCCAUGGCAGGAACAAACAGAACUGUGAAAAUUACAGGAGAUGGGAUUACACCUGCUUACGGGAAGAGAGAAGAUUCAAUCAACUUCUGCAAGCAAAGAAUUGUUGUAAAAUGCAUGAGUUUUCUGUGUGAUGUUUAACCUGAUUAUUGUAGUAGAAAUUAUUAACCUGUUUGAAAUAGUAUAUAAGCUUUUGGGAAACUUGAGUAAAAUUGAAUUCUGAUCACCAAAUCAGUCUUCCCAUCUCUCAUCAAUUGCUAAUGCAGCAGGAGUUAUGCAAGGGACAAUUUAUCCCAUCUUUUAAAAAAACAGUUAAACCAUAAUGACCUCCAGUAGCAAGACUCAACUAAGUAGUGUGUAGUACUAAAAAAACACAGUAAGGAAGAUUGUCCAUCAUGCUGUAUCAUACCAGAGCCCAGCACAGCAGCACUGUAGACUGCUUCGGCUUCCUCGGCUGCCUAAUGCCUCAGUUUCUCACACAGCCCAUGACACAGGAUUCAAUCAGCAAGCAGUUUUUCCACAACUUUGAUGGGGAAGGAUACUAUUUAUUUUAUGUGAGUCACUCUUGUUUUGACAGGCAAAGUGGCCAGGAAGGCAAGGACACACACCCAGACAUUUCCCCCUGGUUUGGUGGUAAUCGAUACAAUCACUUACACCACCAAGACAACACAGCCAGCUCAAAGCAAUUUUCUCAAGGUGAGAGGCCAAAGAAACAACAAAAUUGCCAGCAUCAGAAGCCUCAAUUCCCAAUGAAAGGAUUCCCAAGGUUGUACAGAAAGUAAUGAAUAUCAAUUCUGCUGCAAUAUUAUUUACCUUCUAGGAGAAAACACUCUCCAGCAUUCAGGCUCAAAUGACCAAAACUUCACAGGAAAGAAAAAUGCAAGGCAGAAAGCAAAUCAGGGAAAGAGGUCUGUUCAGCAGCAACACCUGUGUCACAUACCUCGUUUCUCUUUAGCACCCUGCUGUAGGAAGCUUGGCAAAAAUGAAGAUGGUCUCGGUUCUGCUGCUGCUGAGCACCCUCCUGGGUACCUCCGCGGUGCCUUCCCAGCACCCUUCCUGUUACAAGAGGGCCCUCAAGGAGCACAGCUGUCACACCAUCCCCGAAAGCAAGGAGAACCUCCGACACAUUGACGAUGGUCUGCAAGAUCACUUUUGGGAAGGGAAGGGCUGUGAGGUGAUCUGUUACUGCAACUUGAAUGAAUUGCUCUGCUGCCCAAAGGAUAUUUUCUUUGGACCAAAGGUAUCUUUUGUGAUCCCCUGCAACAGUCAAUGAUUCAAGACUGCAAGUGAAGAUAACAG